AUGUCGCCCAUUCACGUCCGCGUCGGCGUCCUGGCCAUUCAGGGCUCCUUCCGCGAGCACCUGACGGCGCUGAACCGCAUUGAGGGGGUCGAGGGCAUCGAAGUGCGCACGACGGAGGACCUGCGUGCCUGCAGCGGCCUCAUCAUUCCAGGGGGCGAGAGCACGACGAUGGCGAACGUCUGCGAGCGCUGGGGGCUCAUUGCCGAGCUGCAGAAGUUCCACCGCGACGGCCACCCCAUCUGGGGUACCUGCGCAGGGCUGAUCUUCCUGGCCAAGGACAUCGGGCACGGGGCCAAGCAGGGCGGCCAGCAGCUCAUCGGCGGCCUCGACGUCAAGGUGUCGCGCAACUUCUUCGGCGCGCAGAUCAACUCGUUCGAGACCAUGCUCGAGGCCCCCGCGUCGCUGCCGGACCGCGAGCAGGGGGCCUGCCGGGCGCUCUUCAUCCGCGCGCCGGCGAUCGUCGAAGUCGGCGAAGGGGUCGAGGUCCUGAGCCGCUACACGCUGUCCGACACGGAGCGGCAGCAGCACGGCGUCGAGUCGGUGGUCGUCGGCGUCCGGCAGGGCGCGCUCAUGGCCACGUCGUUCCACCCGGAGCUCACGGACGACGUGCGAUGGCACAAGCUGUUCGUUGAGAUGGUGCGCGAGAGCGGGCCCGCGGAGAUGCAGCCGUACGUGCCCAAGGCCGGCCGCGGGCGCCCGAACGACCUCCCCAUCUUCGGCAAGACCCACAUGUGCGCGUGA